AUGUAUUAAGAGAAAGCAGACGCAUCUCUCAAGCAGAAUGCGGUAUAUCUGUGGAAGGAGUAUAAGUGGGACGCUAGGACCCUGAAGACCAGUAGGAGGCUAUUGAUAGCAUUAUGCUAGCAGCUGCUAGUGUUAUCACAAGGAUUCAUGAACUACCUUUUACAUUAUAUUUUAAUACUUUAAUUGAGUGUGUCUCUUUCCUCUGACUUAGUCAUGUCUCAACUGGAGAAGAAGGCAGGGCUGCUGAGGAGGACGUCAUCCUCUAAGAAACCCUUGAAAGAGAAGGUGGUGCUGAUGUAUGAUGAGAUUUUCGCUGUGAGUACCACUAUGAAAAGUAAAGAAGAUCCAGCCAAAAACAACCCUCGCUUCUGGGAUGAGCUGUUUCUUAUGAAGGUAAAUCUAGAGUACCUGGAGUCAAAGUUGGAAAGUGUAGAUGGGGAGGAAGUUCAGCGGAUCCAGGACAACAUCAACUCUCUCUUCCACCACUGUGUUCAGGCUCUGGGAGAGGAGCACCAGAUCAAAGUAGUCAAUGCCUUGCAGACACUCUGUGCACUUUUCCGGGGGGUUCACCAGAAGAACAAGUCCACGUCUGGCUUUGACAUAAUCAACAUGCUCAUGGGCUUUGACAAGGCUGAGCAAAGGAUGAAGGACCUGAUGGAGAGACUGGACAGCCUUCUUUGUGGAGAUGGCUCAGAGAGUCUGAAGAGUCUUUGUCUUAAACUGCUGCUGUGUCUGGUUACGGUAACAGACAAUAUUAGUCAGAACACCAUACUGGAAUAUGUGAUGAUCAACAGCAUCUUUGAAGCCAUUCUACAGAUCCUGUCAGAUGUGUCCAGUAGAGGGCAGCAUGGUUAUGAUGCUGUGGUCCUUCUGGCCCUGCUGGUAAACUACAGGAAAUAUGAGUCUGUGAACCCAUACAUUGUGAAGCUCUCCAUUGUGGAUGAUGAGCCAACACUAGAUGGAAUGGGUAUGGUUGUCCACACAGCUCUGACAGAAUAUAACAGGCAAUACAAAGACAAAGAGGAGGAGCACCAGGGUGGGUUCUUCUCUACCCUCACUAGUAUGGUGGGCAGCAUGUUUAUAGCUGACGCUGAUGAGAAACUCUCUGUACAGACCAAUGAGGCGAUUCUGCUGGCACUCUAUGAGGCUGUGCACCUUAACCGCAACUUCAUCACUGUAUUAGCCCAAAGCCACCCUGAGAUGGACAUCCCAACCACACCCGCCACCCCUACUCCAACCACACCUACAACACCACUUGGCACUACGCCGCCCUCUUUAGACAUGAUGAACAAUCCUGAGCUGCCCCUGGAUCCCAACCUGCAGACCAGCAACCUUCUCAUCACCUUCCUCAAGUACGCCUCCAUUGUAAUGCAGGAUACUAAAGAUGAGCAUCGCCUCAACAGUGCCAGACUGUGCCUAAUCAUCCUCACCUGCAUAGCCGAGGACCAGUACGCUGAUGCCUUUCUUCAUGAUGACAAUAUGAACUUCAGAGUCAAUCUCCACAGAAUGCCCAUGAGGCAUAGAAAAAAAGCGGUGGACAAGAACAUCCCCUCACGGCCCCUGGUGUGUGCUGUUUUAGAUCUGAUGGUGGAGUUUACUGUCACUCAUAUGAUGAAGGAUUUCCCCAUGGAUUUAUACUUGCGCUGUGUGCAGAUCAUCCACAAACUACUGUGCUACCAAAAAAAGUGCAGAAUAAGGUUACACUAUACGUGGAGAGAGCUCUGGUCAGCUCUCAUCAACCUGCUCAAGUUCCUGCUGUCAAAUGAGACGACACUGCUGGCCAAGCACAACAUCUUUCAGCUGGCCUUACUGGUAGUAAACCUGUUCAACAUGUUCAUAACAUACGGUGACACGUUCCUGCCCACCUCCAACAGCUACGAUGAGCUGUACUAUGAAAUUGUACGAAUGCACCAGGUCUUUGACAACCUCUACUGUAUGGUUUUGAGAGUAUCAACCAACACGGGCCAGUGGAAGGAGGCAGCCAGCAAAGUCACGCAUGCCCUUAUCAAUGUUCGGGCCAUUGUCAACCAUUUUAACCCCAAGAUUGAGUCAUACGCUGCUGUGAACCACAUCUCCCAGCUGUCAGAAGAACAGGUGUUGGAGGUGGUUCGCUCCAACUAUGACACACUGACACUCAAACUGCAGGAUGGUUUGGACCAGUUUGAGAGAUACUCGGAGCAGCCCAAAGAGGCUGCCUUCUUUAAGGAGCUGGUGCGCUCCAUCAGUCUGAACGUGAGGAAGAAUGUCUCUCUGAACACACUGAGUCAGGACAUCCUGCUAAAGGAGUUUUCCACCAUCUCCUGAGACUCGCACACGCACACAUUCAUUGUCCCCCUCCCUUCAGAUGGACACACACAGUACAUUAGUGUGCAUUUGGACAUGUACACAUACUUUACUUACAAUACAAACGCCAACACCAAGUACAAUCCUUGAUUGUUCUUUCCACGAUACAUCUUGAUUCCUCAUCCUCUUGAACUGAACGAUGAGAUGCACCUGAGACAGACACACUGACUAAGCAAAGACCUGUAAACUCUCCGGACUUCCUCCCUUUGUGGUCGUUCAUACAUAUGUGUGUAAUAAUUCAAGGAAGUGCCCGUAUUGCACUGGUUCCUCGUGUGCAACCUGCAGUAUU